GAGCAGUCACUUUUAAAGGAUAAUGAAUAUUUUUUCAAAAAAACAAAGGAGGUUAGGAUACGCAACACGGGAUCGUACUGUGAUACGGAGGUCCAGAGGGCCGUGAAUCCUGGCAAAACAAAGAUAUUUUCACGUCGACUUUUUGCUAAUGCAAAUCUAAUUCCUAACAUAUAAUUCGAAUAUUUAUUGUACAUUUUUGUUCUCUCACAGAAUUCAGUUACAAUAUUGAUAUUUGUAACAGCAUGUUUGCUGCUAUGUUUUUGUAAAAAAAAACAUACCUGUAUCGUUACACACAAAUAGAGAAGGAGUUGUUAACUCGUUUCGAAGGCACGUUUCAUGGUGAAGUUGAGAAAUUGAAAAAUUGGACGUUGGCUGCAAAUUACCGCUUUCUGGACCAUCGCGCGGUCCGACCGGUUUGUUUUAUUGAAUGGAAGUUGCGUGAAUUGGACGGGGGUCAAAAACACUGUGGAAACAUGUCUGUGACAGUUAGCGAGACGGAAAGGAGGGAGGUAAAUAUAACACCCCGUUGAAGACGCGCGUCGCGAGACGAAUGCGACGCAGAAAGAACGAGAGUGCGCGUCGGUAGGCUUUACCCUGACCUCGGUCAGACAGACGGUUUAAUUUAACCGGGUCCCAGUAAACUCACAGUUCAAUCUAUCAUUGCCCAGUGUCACGAUCGAAUCCACUCAGCGAUUUAACCUCGCCGCCACGGAAGGAACGAUCCACCUUUUUGAUAUCACCGCCAAGAUGUCGGGGCUGUUGUUGAUAGUAGCCGGUCUGCUGGCAUCGUCGACGUUGGCCUACAACGGCGAGUUGGUGGAGCAAGAAUGCCCGGUGGACUGUCACUGUCAUUAUUUUCGCGUCAACUGGGUGACCGACUGCUCCGAAAGCAAUUUGACGAGCAUCCCCUACGACGAGCUCAGCCCUAAUGUCUACGUCCUCGAUAUGAAUGGGAACAACAUAGCGAAGAUCGAGCCAUUCCCAAAUUCGAUUAAAAUCAGGCGUCUACAGAUGGCCCACAAUCGUUUGACCGAACUCAAAUAUCAUUCGUUCGCUGGGCUGACUUACUUGCUCGAGGUUGAUUUCUCGUGGAACGGUAUCACCCACGUCGACUCUGAGGCGUUCAGUGACAGUCCGGGCCUGAUUACCUUAGAGCUCCAGAACAACCCUCUGGCCGAGGUGCAGGAUCACUUUUUGAACUGUCGCACCCUGCUGUAUCUGGACCUGAACUCCUGCGGUAUUCGCCACUUGAAUACUCGGUUCUUCCACAAUACGACCAACCUGAACAAACUCGAUCUCUCCCACAACCCUCUGGGUAGAAUACAACCAGGCCCGUUCGAUCAUCUGACCAAUUUAGAGUACCUGAAACUGAAUUCCUGUAACUUGACUUAUGUGUCACCCGCCGCGUUCGCUCACCUGGAGAACUUGCGCGAGCUCGAGAUGGCAGACAACGAUCUGCGCACCUUGAGCUGGACCAAUGUGCUGGCUUCCCUGAUCCGUUUGGAGCACUUGGACAUCCGAAAGACCGGAAUCGUCAAUUUGCCCGGCGACGCUUUCGCCAUGAACCCGUACCUGCGGCAGCUGAUUCUCGCCGACAACGAGUUGGGCCACCUGGACGUGGGCAACACUCUUGGUCAUAAUCUGCACAGCCUCCAGUCGCUGGAUCUGUCGAAUUGCAACUUGCAAGAUCGUUUGUCCGAAGAGGCGUUCAGAAACGCCAGCAAGCUUCGCGUGCUGAACCUAAGCGGUAACCCGAUGUUCGCAGCCGAUCUGAGCGCCGUUCUCCGUCACUUGCCGAAGCUUCACAAGCUCUCCUUGAGCAACUGCAGCUUGAAGCGUUUGCCGAACGCCUUCGACGUCUUCGAACACCUGCAAGAGCUAGACAUCUCUCACAAUCCUCUCUCUGACGCGUUCGUCGGCCUCUUGAAUCCCUUGGAGUCUCUAGAAUACCUGGACAUGUCCUACUGCGACCUCGGCUACGUCGGCAACCACACUUUCUCCUACAUGACCACCCUCAAGAAGCUGAUACUGUCCGGGAACAAGCUGCACACCCUGGAGGAGGGCCUGUUCGCCAAUCUGACGCGUCUGGAGAGCCUCGAGCUCAAUAACUGCGAUCUCAAGUCUCCUUUAGAUUCGAAAGGAUUCGGCAAACGCGAGAAGACGAACAUAGUCGAGCUGAAGCUCAGCGGAAACCCGCUGGAAGUUCCAGAGGACGGCACUUUUCUAUCCAGCCAGCUGUCCAACGUGGAGAUCCUCGACCUCAGCAACUGUAACCUGGUGCAUCUGAACCAGGACCUGUUCGACAACACCAGGAAUAUCACCCAGCUGAAUCUGUCCGGCAACAACAUCUCGGGAGCCCAGAAUCUGGCUUGCUUAAAGAAGCUGCGUGGAUUGCAGCACCUGGAUCUCAGCAAUAACAAUCUCAACACCAUCAAUCCGCAGGUCAUCAAGUUGAACCCCCGUCUUCUGUCCUUGAACCUACUCGGCAAUCCGUUCGUCUGCAAUUGCUCUGUUGCGGACAUGUGGGACUGGGCCGUACAGGUAAAGAACGAUCUCCACGUGUUGGUAGGCAGCCAGCCGGCCAGCUUCGAGACCGGCGCCGCGAAACUGAGGAGGAGUCUGACCUGCACCUACGAAAAGGAGACCUAUCGCAACCUUGUGGACCAGGCGACCGGCGACCAGCGCCGACUUCGAAAGGGAGACAUGACCCCCACCCGCACUUGGGCGAAAUACGUCCGCGAGUCGAACUGCGGUCACAGCUCAUGAUAUUGGAAGCAGUUUCAACAGCCACUUGUGUACGCCUACGAAGGCAAGGUGCGCGAUCCCAAGACCGAGCUCUAACGCACCUUCUCGCAGGCGGCGUGUUCUCGCGACUAUUAUCCUGUAUUUGUUACCAGUAAGAUCUUCCAAUACACAGAUCGUGCAGUCGACCUUCUUGAAACCUUGUUUAACAGAGGGUUGAGCGUACGACAGAUUUUUCUAUGGACUUUGUUAGCGCAGCCGUACUCUUAGAGAUAAGAUGAAUUUCGAUCAUAUUCGUAUCUUUUGUAGAACGUUCGUGACGCGCGCGAAUUCAAAAGUCUUUUUAACUUCAGUGAAACACGUUGACAAAGUUUGUACGAAAAUUGAUACCUUACGCAAGACGUCUUGUACUUCCGCGAUGUACAACAACUUUAUUUUUAUAGACGUAAGAACAGGGUGCAUCGGUAGUAGUCACGCAGACCAUGUCAGGAUGUUGAAAUAGUUUUAAUAAGCUCCCGAGAGCGAAUUGUAUAUAAGUUUGCCAUCUGUCUUUUGGUAGAUACAUCGUCGAACGGGUUUGGACUUUGUCGGUUGCAUAAUUACACGAGGAGCGUUCAAAAAUAGGCGAUCUAUGUAUAGCUUCUCGGAUCGAUCAAGACGCCGAACGUGACGAAGGGUGCUAAUCAUCGUAAUGAUCCUAGUCCUUUACGUGUUGCUAGUCUUUGUAUAUCGAAACGUCUGACAGUUUCCACGAUUCGUACGUUGAUCCCUCGAAUUCGGUGCUGGAUUCUUCCUGUUAGCGUUUUUCCGUCGAUCCAGUUCGUUAUUUCUUUCCGUUGUUCCGAGUAUCCGCUGCCAAGGACUUCCGGUUGACUAUUGUAACGGAGUCAAUCGUUCGGAAUAAGGAUAGGCUCGGUGCAAACAUUAAUGAUAGUUCAAUUUGUCACGCGAUCGUACUCUCAUUGGUCCAUCCCGCAGCGCAGUCCUUGAACUUCAAUCAAAGCGGGCAACGGCGUUGAAAAUGAAGGCGCGAAAAUUGUAAUAUUGACAGAGGACACAUAUAACAAGACCGGAUAAAGUUUCUUGAGCGGAAGUUCUUGAACUCGUGACGAAGUUGUCGAAAGUUCUCGAAAGUUGCAGCUCCGUUGCAGCUCCGUCGCGGCGGCUGGCUCAUGUAAGCGCGCCGUGAUUAACAAUUGUUAAGUUGUUGCGUGUGAAGCGACUGAUUUCUCUGAUUGAUAUGUCUGAGUAUGUCUUCGCGAAUGAAAGUUAGCCAGUCGUAUCACUAUUUUUGCGUCGAAUUGAAUCGUGCGUUCUGUUGUUUGAGAUACUUUAUUCAUAGGAUGAAGUCAGUCGAAUAUUAAUAGGUCUUAGAGUUCGAAAAGAAUUUUUUUUUCAAAGAAGAAUAAUUAGUAAUAUUUGUCUACUUCGUGUGUUACAACUUAGUACAAAGUCCUUCCACGCUUGUCCGGCAAUGAAAGUGUGUUAUAUAAGACUAUGAGCUUUGUCAGAGACUCACUGCACUAAAAAAAAAAAAGAAACUCAGAUCCUCGCCGCAUAAAAAGAAAUCGAGGUUUGUUACACCGAUUAAACUUCUGUAUACGAUAACUGAUCGCCUAACUCACCCGACUUCCAGAUCGAUUGAAGUAGAACAAGCCAAACGUUAUCCAAGCCUAUAAUGUUCGUUUAUUAUUUGUUCUUUAUUACAUAUUUAUUAAGUUACUAUCAUUCAAUAUAUUCGCUAUAGACAGCGUUGUAUCAUCGUAAAAGUCUUGAUACUUCUAUAAGUGUUAAUUUUUCUCAAUUAGAACAAUUACAGAAGAACACUCUAGUAUCUUUUGUUAUUAAUCAUCCAUUCAAGACUUUAACCGUGCCGUAAUCUACUUCUUAUCUUUUGUUACCGAUCAUGCUAAGAUACACCAAGAAACGUUUCUCUCCUCAGAGGAUUCCCUUGCGGAUGUAUACUUACCACGAUAAACACGGUUUUUUGUGAGGUGGUGCCGACAGGUAUCAUCAGAGGAUUCUCUGUACCAAUUCCGCAAAUAGACUGCAAAGAUUACGCAUUUAUAAACCAUACGUCUACGUACGGAAUAAUUAAAUAAUCGACCAGUCUUUUAUUCGAGAUCAAACGCAGCGAACACCUUUAGAGAAGAAACGGAAGUUCUGUUAAACCUUUGUCUUCGGUAAUCCAUACAGAUAAAAUAAAGAUCUACAUUUCCAUGAAGCUUAUUCCGAUACGAGAUCUACCAAUGACGGGAACAUUGCACAUAAAUGAGACAAUGAAAAUCUUGUCUCAAUUAAUAUAGUAGACUGUAAGUCGCGUUCCUGAGAUCAGCACAAGUGAACUCAGCCAUCGAUGCCAUUAUGUUCAUAAAAUGUACAAGACUGUUUAAUAAAGGAGUCAUUUUUCUUGGUA